UGAGUUUUGAACUACGCUGUUCAUGGUCAAUUUUCCAGCUCUAUGGCGGACUGCUUUUUAACAAUAUUUGUCACGCAGUAUGGAUAAAGAUUUGGUCCGACAGUGCCUAAGUUAUCACGGCCCCACCUUACUGUCUUUGCUAAAAUGUGAACAGCACGAACAUGCAGGAUUUAAGCAGCUGUUGGGGGAUUUGUCAAAGUGGCCGCAGUACAGGAAAGAGAGAAAAAUGGAUAAUAUUGAAAUACAACAAUUUGUCGCAAGAAAAGCUGACCUUCUUUUUGCUGCUUCUUGGAAUGCCCAAGCAACUCCUGGUUCCCAGGAAUCAAAUGAAGGCUAUUCUGCAGUGGUGCCCCCCUUAGAGAAGUUCAUGGAGGUUCCAAAUGUGGAGAAGAAGGAACUGUUUUUUCGAGAUGUGGAGCGUGGUGAUAUUGUAAUUGGAAGGAUAGCUUCCAUACGGGAAUUUGGUUUUUUUAUGGUGCUAAUCUGUAUGGGCGGUGGCAUUUUAAGAGAGAUAUCUACAUUAGAAAUAAGUCUGCAGCAAUGAGUUUACUGCAAUUGACAUGGCAUUAUUUUUGUUUAAGACAAAGUGUUGCAUCACCUAUAAGCAAUGUGGACACAUAUGAAAAGUUCUUGAAGCAGUCAUUGGCAUUCUCCAACCCAUCAACUAUAGAAUUUCUUCUGGGGAAACUGGGCAUUGAUGAAUUAAAUCCUCCUUCUUUAAUAAGAGGCCUUCAAAGGAAAAAUUUUCGUGACCAAGACUAUGCUUCUUGUUUAAGGAAAAAACAGUCAUCAUCUUGGGCAUUGAAGUGUGUAAAAAUUGGAGUGGAUUAUUUUAAAACUGGUCGUCACGUAGAAGCAAUGAAUGAAUAUAACAAAGCUUUGGAAAUAGAUGCCAAAAAUGUUGAGGCUUUGGUAGCUAGAGGAGCACUAUAUGCUACAAAAGGAAGUUUGAACAAAGCAAUAGACGAUUUUGAAGUUUCCCUAGAAAACUGCCCAACACAUAGAAAUGCAAAAAAGUACCUUUGCCAAACAUUAGUGGAAAGAGGUGGCCAACUAGAGGAAGAGGAUAAAUUCUUGAAUGCAGAGAGUUAUUACACCAAAGCGCUUAGUAUAGACAACACCUUUACAGAAGCUGAAGAGGCCUUGGUUAAAGUGCGCCAGCACAUGCAGAAAUCUUUGGAAAAAAGGGAGAAACAAGAAGAAAGAGAAGUACAGGCUAAAGAAAAGAAAAUAGAAACAAGUGCAGAAAAAUUGCGUAAACUGCUUAAAGAAGAAAAAAGAAAGAAGAAACGAAAACGCAGAUCAUCUUCAUCAAGCGGUUCUUCUGAUACAUCUUGUUCAUCUUCAUCCUCACAUGGUCAUAAAAAGCAUAAGAAGAGAAAAAGACGCAGAAAGCAUUCAGAAUCGUCAAGUUAUUCUUCCAAGACUUUUUCUAAAGCUUCAUCACUCUAUGAAGCAGAAUCCUACAGUCCUCCUGCUGAUACCUCCGCCUCCUUUCUUAAUCGUAAAUCAGAUAUGCAUAAACUUCUGGAAGAAAGGGACAUACCUGGCUAUCGCAGGAGGUCAUCAAACGACAAAAAUAGGUACCGCUCUUUGUCCUCAUCUAUGGAGACUAUAGAACUUGUUAAAGUUAUGUCUGAAGAUUCAAAAGACUCUCUCAGCAGUGAAAAGACACAGGCAACAAGUAACAGAAGGUACAGUGAAACUUCAACUGAUAAAUACACGUGUCAUAGAAAGGAUUCUAAAUUAUCUUACCACCAAACUGAUGAAGGACACAAAUACCCUGAGCGACAUGAAGCAGAAAGAGCAUUCAACAGAAAAUCAGACUCUAAGAGUAGCUCCUCUUCUUCAAAGACUUGUGCUGAAAGGAGAUCAAGUAAAAAUCUUUGUGGAUUGCUUCAGCAAGAUAGUACAGAUAGAUUGCAAACCAGUGAUGCAAGGAAAAUGAGUAAGGAUGAAACCGAUAAUUGCAAUGCAUCUGCCCCCAAGGCUUUACCUGAGAAUCUGUUAAAUAUUCUUAGCCGGAUUGAUGAAUUUCAGAAGGAAAAAGGAACCAAGCAAAAAAACAAAUAAUAAAAAAACAAACAAAAAAAAAACCUUGUUUAAGAAAUGUUGUUUAAUCUAAAUGCUGACGUAAAGCAGUAUGUGUUAAAAGUUGCCAACCAUCCUUAUGUGCUUUUUUGUUUUUUUUCUCUUCAUUGCUAUAUUUGUAACCCUGUUGCAAUAUGUAAACAUAUUGUGAAUCAAAAUCCUAAACACCUGGAUGUUGUAUUUACAAAAUACUUGGUAUGUUUUCUAAAACUUUGGACCAAAAAUGGUGGUGGAGCAUACAUUUCCUUCCUAUUGGGUACAAAUUAAUGUACUGCAAUUAAUACUUUUAUACUAUUGUAAACGUGUAGGUCUUGGUAUGCUAAACUGUUGCCUUUUUUAAAAUAAAGCUUAGUCUCAAAGAA